GGCUCAGAGAGGGGAGGAGAUCCUCUAGGCUGGGUGAAGGAGAGAGAAAAGGACAGUGCCAUUCCCAGCUUCUCCUCGGCAAUGGCUCUGCCUCUUAAGGUCCUGAGUCGGGGCUUGGCCAGCGCAGCCAAAGGAGACCAUGGAGGGGCGGGAGCCAACACCUGGCGUUUCCUGACCUUCGUGCUAGCACUGCCCAGCGUGGCCCUCUGCACCCUCAACUGCUGGAUGCAUGCUGGCCACCACCAGCGCCAAGAGUUCAUCCCUUACCACCACCUCCGCAUCCGCACCAAGCCCUUCUCCUGGGGGGAUGGCAACCACACACUUUUCCACAAUCCCCACGUCAAUCCUUUGCCCACGGGCUAUGAGCACCCUUGA